AUCAGUCCAAUAAUUAACGAAUUCCAUUCUUCUCAAGAGCUAAGUUCAACUAGAUCAUCUAGAGAAGUAGAGAUCGAUACGUCGACCAACUGCCUAUUUUUAUAGUGAUUACUGGUUAAUCGCUAAUUCAAACUGGCAAAUUUCAGUACAUAUUGACACUGAACACGAACGAAGAAGCGCUAGACUGACGUCGUUACUCGUAAGCAGAAUUUAUCAUUUAAACGGUGACAGUUACUGGAACACGCCCUAAAGCCUAUUACUUGGUGGUUACUAAUAAUAUAUAACGGUAGUAAGAUAAUUCGGCGGUGGUGUACAUUUUUGUAUUUUUAUUAUAUUUUAUUGUGAUUGUUGACAAAAAAAAAAAAAAAACAAUGACUCUAUUAAAAACAUUUUGGACACCUAUUGUUGUGUAUCCGGACGUGAAAACUGGUUGUAAAUUUGUAGCAGCAUACACAAUUGCGAUAUCAAUUUUUUUAAUGGCACUUCUUGUUCAUAUGCAAAAUGGAGGUGAAUCAACACAAAUGUAUAAUCCUUUUUUUGAAGCCAAUUUACGUGAACUCAAUUAUUAUGUGGUGUACACUUUAAUAUUUUUUGCCUAUAUGGUGGGUUCAUCUCUAUUGUUGCUGAAGGGCUUAAGUAAUAAUCUACGAGGAUUUCUAUUACCAUGGUUAAUUGGUAUGGGAUUUGUUGUAAUAUUUUUGCUGGUUUGGUCCAUUUGGCUGCUAUAUGGAUACUAUAUUUAUAUUCACAUAAUAUGUGCUGCUGUCAUUUAUUGGAUUGUAGCUGCUAUGCAAUUUUAUUGCUGGUUAUGUGUUUACACUCAAUACAGAGUGAUCUAUGAAAUGCAAUCACCAAAUAUUGAGCUUCUUAUAUUUUAAUAAGUUAUGAAAUUGUAGUAUACUAGCACAUUUUAUCAACUUUUUUUUUAUAGACCAUUUUUGUAUUAAAACUAUUAAAAAAUAGUAUUUUUUUUUUUAAAUAAUCUAGUAUAUUGAUAGUUUUGUUUGCUAACUAAGAACCAUUUUGUUAAGACUGCCAUUACUAUGUAAGAAUUUUAUGGGGAACAGCAGUGAUAAAAAAAAAAAAAAAAAAAUGUUUCAUGAAAUUUGAUUCUA